AUGAGGUCAUCUUCCAUUCUCCUCCCAUGGCUGGUACUUCCUCUGGUCAAUCAACUCUUGGUGGCAGCUGCACCCGCUAGUGAUCUUGUGGUUAACCUACCUUCACUGAACUUCACGCCAAAUUUCUCCAGCUACUCGGGCUAUCUUGAAGCGUCAAGCGAUGACCAGUUUCACUAUUGGCUUACUGAGUCUCAGCGGAAUCCGUCAACCGAUCCCCUGAUUCUGUGGCUGAAUGGUGGACCCGGCUGUUCUUCAUUAGGAGGCUUAUUUGAAGAGCUUGGUCCCUUCAGAGUGAAAGACUAUGGAGCAACUGUAUAUCCCAACGAGUACUCAUGGAACUUGUUUGCAAAUGUGCUAUUCCUCGAAUCGCCUUCUGGAGUUGGGUGGUCAUUCAAUACACGUGGUAAUGUGAAUACCACUGAUGACGAGGUGUCUCAGCACAACUACCAAGCACUUGUCGACUUUCUCCAAAAGUUCCCCGAAUACCGGGGAAGAGACAUGUUCAUCACUGGAGAAUCGUAUGCCGGAGUUUAUAUACCGACACUAGCUGUCAAAGUUUUGAAGGAUAAAGAAAAUUUUCCAAAUUUCAAGGUGAGGUUCCGAUUUCAUCGAAAUAUAAUGAUAAGUUCAGUUGAUUUCGUUAGACUGUUAGGCUAA